GCUAAAGUUUUCGCGAGACUUUGGUGCAGCCUCAGUUUUAGCGCUUUAAGAAGCGCGAAGUCUCUUAAAGUGACAACUAAUUUUCGCCCCCACCUUUCAAGAAGCCAAAGGAUGAAGAUUUAUCAGUAUUCCUAAAGAACAAGAGGUCUUGCUACCUGUAGAGUGAGGUGCCCUCCGCGAGUUGGCAGCAUAUAUGCUCAAGGGAAGAGGGCGGGGAAAGAGUUCCUGAACCCAGUACAUUGGAAUGUAACCUUGCAUUUACUGAGAUCGGACGUUAUUAAAUUGAGGCUACUAAACUACACGGGAAGAAACAGAAUUAUAGUUCAGAAUGCAAAUGAAUGCCAGUGAGUCAAGGACCCGUCAAAAACAACCAGAUACUCGCCCUGAGUAUACAAAUAUGAAGAUGAUUCCAUGUCUGCCUUCAGCAUGACAGUUUCAUCCUCCCUCGAGAACUAGCGUCAGCGAUUCCGAUUUGAGCCCCGCCCUCUGGGGCCUGCAGGCGCUGGAUUGGUCGACGAUUCUCUCCAGACCUCUCCUGAAGAGCUGCCAUGUCUGGGAAUAAUGCAUCUUCAGAACAGAACAACAGCAGCUAUGAAACCAAAGCCUCAAAUCUUCGAAUAUCAGAGAAGAAAUGUUCUUGGGCAUCCUACAUGACCAACUCCCCUACUCUCAUCGUUAUGAUUGGCUUGCCAGCCCGGGGCAAAACCUAUGUGUCCAAGAAACUCACACGCUACCUCAACUGGAUUGGGGUGCCCACCAAAGUGUUUAAUCUUGGGGUGUAUCGGCGUGAAGCAGUCAAGUCCUAUAAAUCCUAUGACUUCUUCCGACACGACAAUGAGGAGGCCAUGAAGAUUCGCAAACAGUGUGCUGUGGUGGCACUGGAAGACGUUAAGGCAUAUCUCACUGAGGAGAGUGGGCAGAUUGCGGUGUUUGAUGCCACCAAUACCACCAGGGAGAGGAGGGACAUGAUUUUGGACUUUGCCAAAGAGAAUUCUUUCAAGGUGUUCUUUGUGGAAUCUGUCUGUGAUGAUCCUGAUGUCAUUGCUGCCAACAUCCUGGAGGUAAAGGUGUCGAGCCCUGACUACCCUGAAAGGAACAGGGAGAAUGUGAUGGAGGACUUCCUAAAGAGAAUCGAGUGCUAUAAAGUCACCUAUCGACCCCUUGACCCAGACAACUAUGACAAGGAUCUUUCUUUCAUCAAGGUGAUAAAUGUGGGCCAGCGAUUUUUAGUGAACAGAGUCCAGGACUACAUCCAGAGCAAGAUAGUUUACUACCUCAUGAAUAUCCACGUCCAGCCUCGCACCAUUUACCUUUGCCGGCACGGAGAGAGCGAGUUCAAUCUCCUGGGGAAGAUUGGGGGUGACUCUGGCCUCUCCAUGCGGGGAAAACAGUUUGCCCAGGCUCUAAGGAAGUUUCUGGAGGAACAGGAGAUAGCAGACCUCAAAGUGUGGACAAGCCAAUUGAAGAGGACUAUCCAGACUGCUGAAUCCCUGGGGGUGACCUAUGAGCAGUGGAAGAUUCUGAAUGAGAUUGAUGCUGGCAUGUGCGAGGAGAUGACGUAUGCAGAGAUUGAGAAGCAGUACCCAGAUGAGUUUGCACUUCGAGAUCAAGAGAAAUAUCUGUAUCGAUAUCCUGGUGGGGAGUCGUAUCAGGACCUGGUGCAGCGGCUGGAGCCUGUCAUCAUGGAGCUGGAGCGUCAGGGCAACGUCCUUGUCAUCUCCCACCAGGCUGUCAUGCGCUGCCUUCUGGCCUACUUCUUGGAUAAGGGCGCAGAUGAGCUACCAUACUUGCGGUGCCCUCUCCAUACCAUCUUCAAACUUACUCCUGUGGCCUACGGGUGCAAAGUGGAAACCAUCACACUCAACGUGGAGGCUGUGAACACUCACCGUGACAAGCCGACUGUAAGUAUUUUCCCACAGAUGAACAUGCAGUUUCCCUGCCACCUUCAGUCUUUGAACCUCUGGCAUCAAGACACUGGGGUUUCUUUUAUGUAUAAAAGGAAAACAGAUCCAGAACUCUUGUCCUAUAUAGUCUGUUACUUUCAAAUGGAGAAGAUGUUGGAAUUAUUCUUUUUUAAGAUUAGUACCUUGUUCAUGAGUCUUGACCUUGAAAGUUGGCUCCUAGAAAGCCAAUUAAAUAUGGAAAGUGUUUGAAGUGAGAUGCAAAUUUUCCCUCCAGGAAAGUGCUCCCUUUAGAAAGCAGGAUCCAGAAGAACCUGUAAGCUGGGGUGAAGAGGUAUAGGUUCAUUCCUAGGUCUGUGUUGAUAAUCUGUCUGAUCUUAAAUAAGCCCCUUCCUUUCUUUGUCCCUCUUUCCUGCUUUGGAGUGUGAUGCUCCAGGAGCUUCUCCCUCUACAACCCUUUAGCUUCCCGGGGCUAGGGGACCAGGCCAUGGGCCAGGUCUUAUGACAGACUCUGUCUACAGAGGAGCAAGAGUGGAGGGAGCUGUUGUGGUUACAAGCAUUAUUUAACCUUUAUGAGUGAGCUUUUGUCUUGGCUUUCAUUUGUGUGGUGUCCCUCCGUUUCCAAUCAGCACAACUUCCCCAAGAACCAAACCCCUGUAAGGAUGAGAAGGAACAGCUUUACGCCUCUGUCCAGUUCGAAUACAAUAAGGCGUCCAAGAAAUUACAGUGUUGGGAGCCGGCCCCUCAAGCCCCUCAGCCCUCUCCGUGCCCUGGACAUGCAAGAAGGGGCCGACCAGCCGAAGACCCAAGUCAGCAUUCCGGUGGUGUAACCCGUGUGUUUCCCUCCAGUCCCGGCCUCCUGCCCUUGUCACUAAUCACAGGAAUCAUUUAACUUCCAACCCCCACCCCGACACCCCAUCAUGAAUCUUACUUAACACAGAACGUGAGGCUAUGUGUUUCCAGACCUGCCUUAGUUGUUCUGCAGUGUGAAACAUCCCACUGCCCAGGGGCAAGUUGAUGAGUUGGGUGUUUUAGGACAGGACCUCAGUUGGGGUGGUCUGGAGGAGGAGGAAAAGGGAUACCUCACUCUGGGGUGAUUAGCAUCGCUGGGGUUGAGGCUAAGCGUGCCCAGUAUACUUGGUUCUUGUCCAUCCCUGGUAUCUAAACUCACUGAAGACCCUGUGUUGGUGAAGUGCAGGGUGGUGUGGAGGGGGACACAGAAGCCCAUUUUCCCAUCACCUUUGUCUCUUUAAGGUGUGCUUUACUCACAGUCCUACCUGCCUGCUGUCUUCCCCUUCCCUUAUUUCCCCUUCGGAUUGUCCAGUGUGAUGCAUGUAAUUGUCAUUGUGGUGUCUGUUUAAGAGGGAAGGGAAGGUUGGCGAGAGAGAAGUCCAGGCUCCACUGAUGCUCUCUGCAGUGGGCCUAAAUGGAUCUGCACUGGGGAAGCCUUUCUUUUCCUUUCUCCCUUAUUUCAAACCAGGUCCUGCAAGGGUCAGACUAGGCUCUAGAACAUCCAGAGAUGCUCUGGAGCUUGCAAGUGGAUAUAGGGUGACAGUUCUUGCCUCCUUUCAUGAGAAGCAGUCCUAAGGCUUUGAUGUCCUCGGGGAAGCUGGCUCUGAGUAUGUGGGAAAUAUCUUGGUUUGUAUUUUUCACUUCAUGAGAUAGGCAUAAUAUAGGUCUUCUAGCUGCUGUGGAGCGAGGUUUAGGAGAAUAGGGUUGUCUCUAGCUCCUGCAGGGCUCUUGUAGGGUAGGUUAUAUAUCUUGUCUCUGGUGGCUCUCAGAGUCUUUGCCAACCACUGCAAAACAGUGACCUCUGGGACUGUUUAAAAGGACAGUGUUAGAUUUAGGAGUCACCACUGAUACUUGUCAAAAGGUAGAGCAGAGUUCACUAGAGUUGCCUUUUAUUUUUCAGUAAUUUUCAAAACUUUUAAGUUAAAAAAUCUAAAAGAGUCUUUGGAACUAUGUGGGGUCUAACUCUUCACUCCCUGUAUUUAUCUACUUACUUCUGUCACUUUAUUUCCUCUGUAGAGUUAAACAGAAAUGUUUAGAGCAGGGAUUCUUAGCCCCUUGGAGGCCCAUGAUAGCAUGCUCCUCCCAAAUUUGUAUGCUAAACUUAUGACUACAUGGGCAUUUUUCUGAGAAGCAAGUCGAGAGCUCUCAUGAAAUUUUUAAAAGACAGAGAUGACUCCCCCCUUAAAGUUAUCAAUUUGUCUUUUAGAGGUAACCUGUGAGAACAAGCUGGCUAUUUGCCAAAGGUAUUUUUGGUAAAAGAAGACCUUUUGUCAUGGUUCCCAUCUAGGAGUAUUCAUUAGAACCCCUUUAGACCUUCUGAAAUGUCCACAUGCCUGGGUCUAUUUUAGGCUUAAUAUUAACUCAGAAUCUCUGGGAUUAGGGUCUGGACAUGGGUGUAUUUAAAUAGCUUCACUAAUUCUGAUUCAUACAUACUCCAGGUUAGGAUUCCAUUUAUGAAUUCGGGUGGAGACAUGCUGGGAUGGUAGUUCCUUGGACAAAGCAUCAACCUGGAAUUCUUAAAGUACGGUCCUUUGGAGUUAGAUGUUUAGCAGAUCACAAUAUUACGUGAAUUGAUCCUCUUAUAAUCGGGCUGUUAUGGUGAUGUGGAACAAAUCACUACAGAAAUAAAUGUCCUUGAGUGAUAGCUGAGAAUUUUAAGCACCCUCGAGAUAGGUGCUGAGACAAACCCUGUAGGAUGAUAAAGGCUGUCAUCACAGGUAGCUGACUUGUGACCUUGAGUCCUUUAUUCUUGUAUCUUGAGUAGGACAUCACGACCAGUUUCCAAAGACUGCUUGCCUAGAUUCUGCUGGAAAUUGCGUCCAGGGUAUAAAGUAACAUGCUCUUCCUAUUUAGCCAUUUGCAUAACGUGUACUUAUUUCCUCAGUUUGUGGGGCUUUCGGCUGGGUGGAGGUGGGGGGGGGGUAGGAUACACAGAAGUAGAAGAAAACGUGCUUGCCCUAAAGAAGGUUAUUUUAGAGACAAGGCAUACAAUUGACAAUAAAUGAACAUUUGCAGAAGAGCAAGUCUUUGAGUCUGUAAGUGUAAACACUGAAGUGGAGUACAGAUUACUUCUGACUUUUCUCUUGUCCUAUGGUCAUGAUACUAAAAGAGUUGGGAGGUAGGAAUGCCCCUUCCCCCCAAACCCUAUGUGAGAAUGAAACGUGGUCUAGGAGGUAGUGUGGCGCUUUUAAGAGGUUGCCUUAUCUAACUUUGCUUGGCUGGUGGUAUCUUUAGCCCAAAUUAGCAUGCAUUCAGUCCUUUCUCUUGCUGUGUGGUGAGAGUAAUUCAGAGCUAAUGAAUGAGAAGGAGAAUUUUGAUCCAAAGACUGUGGAUUUGGGCUGGACAUACACUUAGAGAGAGGAGAAGUCUCUGACGAACUAGCAUUAUGUCACCUUGUUAUAAACCCCAACAUGAGCCACAGGUCACUGGGAUGUUCAUGUUGGUGAUUUCUUCAUUCUCCCUUUAUGCUAGUUUGCCUGCCUCAGAAGAGGAACGUGAGGUGGUCUUACUAGUCUCAGAUAGGACACAGAAAUUAGAACUUGACAACAGCGAGGGUUUCAGCAUUCUUCAAUUUUCAGAGCAAGAUCUCUCCAGAGAAAGUUCAGCAGGAAGAAGCCAGGAGAACUAUAUUCUCGUAUUCCAAGAGAGCUCGUAUUCCAAAUUUUAGAGAAGUCCUACCUCUUUUCUUUCUUGCCCUCUUCUCCCGUUCUUACUUGAAUAUGUAUUAGUAGUAUAUACACAUUAAUAUGAUUAUGUCUAUAUCACAAGUCCUACAACGAGAGAAUGGACUCCAGAGUACUUUUUGCUCAGUCUUUCAGUUUUGUUAUGGGAGAAGUAGGUGAAAACUUUAUCAUUAAUCUCCUGGCAUCAAAUGUGGAAAGGAAAAUCACUGUAUGUUCUGUUUUCUUUUUCUUGCUUCAGAGCUGAAUGAGGAAUUCUGUGACAGACUUGAAAGAGGAAUCUAAAGCAGAUUUAAUCUAAAACUUCUCUUUCUAGCUCCUAAUACUCAGAUUGGAAUUUAGCUGUUAUUUGUUAUCUCUAUUGUCUUUGGUUUUGUUUUGGUAAGGGAAUUGUUUUACAUUCAAUUGGAAAGUAGAAAAAGAAAGUCUUUUAAAAACAUUGUGCUAAGGGGUCUUAUUGUUGUCUUUGUUUUGUUUUUUUCCCCCUUAAGAAGUUAGGAAUACAAAUAGUAUAUUGUAUUCCUGUUGUAUUCCUGAUCGGUUGUGUUUCCUGUGAGAUUCUGGGCGUUCCUCUUUGCAACCCACUUGAUCUUCAGAGGUACUAGCAUUUUGAAGAAACAUGAUACAGCUGUUUGAAAAUAAACCAUGUUAUGGUUUUUCUGUGAGCAGGGGAUCUGAGUUCCAGAGAAACUCAUGGUUGCUUACAGUAGCCAAAGAACAAGAGAAAAAGUAUCUAAAAAUUGAGAGAACUAUACCAGGGUUAUAUAGUCUUAUGCACAUUCCAUUGUCUUUGUUAAGCUCAGAAGCCAUGUUGUGUUUGUUUUCAAGAAAUGUGAUAAAUUCACCCAGGUGUUCCAGUAUGCAUUUUGACUUGCUUGUGUUUUCAAAUAUUUUAAUUUUAAAAAUUACGUAGCAGUUGAGUCCAGUUUAGCAGGAUUGAUCUCUGACUUCCCGUAGAGGUGACACAGACAUCAGAAGGAUGUCCAGGAAUUUAAUUUAGACUCGUAAUGUUUAGAAGACUCUACCUAGUAGUAUCUAUAUGCUGACUGACCGACAGACCUAAAAGGACCUGUAUGCUGACUGACUGACAGGCUGUAGUUGGGUCCCUACGCCGACUGACAGCUUCUAAUAGCGUCUGUAUGCUGACUGACUGACUGACUGUACUGGGUUGGAUCUGUAAGUGACAGUCUGACUGUUUUCCAAUUGUGCCAGUAGGUAGUGUAUGCACAAUAUUGUAAUUCUCUGUCUGUUGCACGUGCACUAUGAUGAAAGGAAGUGAGUAUUACACAUGUUUUCUUUAGGGAGAAGUUCUGUACACUGAUUUUUAGUAGACAUUUCUUUUAGAGUGGCAGCCAAAUUGUCAUCAUUUUUUAGAAAAUGAAGGUUGAACAUCACUUG